GCGAGCUGGAUGUCCCCCCCAGUGACGGACAGGCCCAUGUCUGACAGUCCAGGCACGCCAGCCCCGCUCCAGUAACCCGGCGAAGCGCCCCCCGACAGCUUCCAGUGCUGUGUCCUCAUCCGCAGUCAAGAUGGAGUGCGUGUGGAAGCCAGACGAGCAAGGACUUCAGCAGAUUUUACAGCUGCUCAAGGAGUCCCAGUCGCCGGACACGUCCACGCAGAGAUCCGUGCAGCAAAGACUGGAGCAGCUUAACCAGUUUCCAGACUUCAACAACUACCUGAUAUUUGUUCUGACCAAGCUCAAAUCCGAAGAUGAGCCGACACGCUCCCUGAGUGGCCUGAUACUGAAAAACAAUGUGAAAGCCCACUAUCAGAACUUCCCCAACGGCGUUUCUGAUUUCAUAAAGAGAGAGUGCCUGGAAAACAUUGGAGACUCCUCGGCUCUCAUCCGCGCCACAGUGGGUAUUCUCAUCACCACCAUUGCGUCAAAGGGAGAGCUACAAAAUUGGCCUGACCUUUUGCCCAAGCUUUGCCUGCUGCUGGAUUCUGAAGACUACAACACUUGCGAGGGGGCCUUUGGAGCCCUCCAGAAGAUCUGCGAGGACUCUGCUGAGAUCCUGGACAGCGACAUGCUGGAUCGGCCUCUGAACGUCAUGAUCCCCAAGUUCCUGCAGUUCUUCAAGCACAGCAGCCCCAAGAUCAGGUCCCAUGCCAUCGCCUGUGUGAACCAGUUCAUCAUCAGCCGGACUCAGGCGCUCAUGCUGCACAUCGACUCCUUCAUUGAGAACUUGUUUGCGCUGGCGACAGACGAGGAGCCCGAGGUGCGCAAGAACGUGUGCAGGGCUCUUGUGAUGCUGCUAGAAGUCCGUCUGGACCGACUGCUGCCUCACAUGCACAACAUCAUCGAGUACAUGCUCCUGAGGACGCAGGACCAAGACGAGAACGUGGCGCUGGAGGCCUGCGAGUUCUGGCUCACCCUGGCGGAGCAGCCUGUGUGCAAGGAGGUGCUGGGCGGCCAUCUUUCCCAGCUCUCGCCUGUGCUCGUCAACGGGAUGAAGUACUCCGAGAUCGACAUCAUCAUGCUCAAGGGUGACAUCGAGGAGGAUGAGGCCAUUCCCGACAAUGAGCAAGACAUCCGGCCGCGCUUCCACCGCUCCCGCACCGUCGCCCAGCAGCACGAGGGCGAUGGGAUCGAGGACGAAGAUGACGACGACGACGAGCUGGACGAUGACGAUACCAUCUCGGAUUGGAACCUGCGUAAAUGCUCAGCGGCGGCGCUGGACCUGCUGGCCAACGUGUUCAGGGACGACCUGUUGCUGCACCUUCUGCCACUCCUCAAGGAGCUGCUCUUCCAUCCCGAGUGGGUGGUGAAAGAGUCCGGGAUCCUCGUGUUGGGCGCCAUUGCUGAAGGGUGCAUGCAGGGAAUGAUCCCGUACUUGCCCGAGCUGAUUCCCCACCUCGUCCAGUGUCUGUCAGACAAGAAAGCCCUGGUGCGCUCCAUCACCUGCUGGACGCUGAGCCGCUACGCCCACUGGGUCGUCAGCCAGCCACCCGACGUCUACCUGAAGCCGCUCAUGACCGAGCUUCUCAAGCGCAUCCUGGACAGCAACAAGCGUGUGCAAGAAGCCGCUUGCAGUGCCUUUGCCACCUUGGAGGAGGAGGCUUGUACUGAGCUUGUGCCCUACCUGGCGUUCAUCCUGGACACGCUGGUGUUCGCUUUCAACAAAUACCAACACAAAAACCUCCUGAUACUGUACGACGCCAUCGGGACUCUUGCAGACUCAGUGGGACACCAUCUAAAUAAACCGGAAUACAUCCAGAUGUUGAUGCCUCCGCUCAUCCAGAAAUGGAACCAGCUGAAAGAUGAAGACAAAGACCUCUUCCCUUUAUUAGAAUGUUUGUCCUCCGUAGCGACGGCCCUGCAGAGUGGCUUCCUGCCCUACUGCGAGCCCGUGUACCAGCGUUGCGUUAACCUGGUCCAGAAGACCCUCGCUCAGGCCAUGCUUUACCAGUCCCAGCCAGACCAGUACGAGGUGCCCGACAAAGACUUCAUGAUCGUGGCUUUGGAUCUCCUCAGUGGCCUGGCAGAGGGUUUGGGAGGCACCAUUGAGCAGCUUGUCGCCCGCAGCAACAUCCUCACGCUCAUGUACCAGUGCAUGCAGGACAAAAUGCCCGAAGUGCGUCAGAGUUCCUUUGCCCUGCUGGGGGAUCUGACCAAGGCGUGUUUCCAGCACGUCAAACAGUGCAUUGCUGACUUUAUGCCAAUACUAGGCACCAAUCUAAACCCCGAGUUUAUAUCCGUGUGCAACAAUGCAACAUGGGCAAUCGGAGAGAUAUCCAUACAAAUGGGGCCUGAAAUGCAGCCUUACGUUGCCAUGGUGCUGCACCAGCUGGUGGAGAUCAUUAACAGGCCCAACACGCCAAAGACCCUUCUGGAAAACACAGCAAUAACAAUUGGUCGUCUUGGUUACGUUUGUCCUCAAGAGGUGGCACCCAUGCUACAGCAGUUUAUAAGACCCUGGUGUACUUCCCUGCGAAAUAUAAGAGACAAUGAGGAGAAAGACUCGGCAUUCCGAGGAAUGUGCACGAUGAUCAGCGUCAACCCGGGAGGCGUCGUGCAGGAUUUUAUCUUCUUUUGCGAUGCGGUGGCCUCCUGGGUCAACCCGAAAGAAGACCUGCGAGACAUGUUCUACAAGAUCCUUCAUGGCUUCAAGAACCAGGUGGGCGAAGAGAACUGGAGCCGCUUCUCAGACCAGUUCCCCAUGCCGCUCAAAGAGCGUCUGGCCAGCUUCUACGGGGUGUAACAGUGGGGUCAGUGUGUUUGCAACAUACAUACGUACAGGAGGUCCUCGCUUUACGUUCUACCAGUUCUGUUUCCACGAUGGCGAUGUCAGUCCAGUUUUAGUGCAAGUGGGAACUUAAACCUCACGGUCACUCCCAUUGUACCCAGAUGGAAAUCAAAAAACGGUUCCCAGUGUAUCAACAGGUUGUAUCCAGUCACCUGAUUUUUUUUUCUUUAACGGAAGUAAACAAGGUGGUGGGCCACCAAACCAACAUUGGUACUCGAGGUGGGAAUCUUUAGCCACCUUACAAUUCAGGAGCUACGAUUCAAUUAAAAAUCAAUUGUAGAUGCAUCUUUAGUUUAUGUAUAUUGAUGCAGUUUUACAUUUCUUUUUGUUUCACUAAAUAAGCGUUUAUCACUUGCAACUUUAAAAACAUUUGCAUUUGUAAUCAGAAAUUCCCAUCACAUUUAUUUAAAUGAAUGGAAAGGUGUGCAGAAUUGGAACAUAAGUGCCCUAAAAUAAAGGAGCUGGUCGGAUCUCUCGUUGAGGUGGCUCACUACAGUCAGACACAUUUUAGAACUGUUUAUGUGCAGUAAACAUAUUGAUUAUUGACGUUUACUCAUCGAUUCUAUAAUCGUCCAUGUUCGAAUUGCGAUGCAACUAAAAAUGGAUUAUUUCUAAACUUAAAAUAAGAGAAUAUUGUGUAUUCGGCGUGGCGCAGUGGAAGAGUGGCCGUGCGCGACCCGAGGGUCCCUGGUUCAAUCCCCACCUAGUACCAACCUCGUCAUGUCCGUUGUGUCCUGAGCAAGACACUUCACCCUUGCUCCUGAUGGGUGCUGGUUAGCGCCUUGCAUGGCAGCUCCCUCCAUCAGUGUGUGAAUGUGUGUGUGAAUGGGUAAAUGUGGAAGUAGUGUCAAAGCGCUUUGAGUACCUUGAAGGUAGAAAAGCGCUAUACAAGUACAACCCAUUUAUCAUUUAUCAUUUAUUUGUCAGCAAUUAACUUCAAAUGCGACACUAAUGUGUUAUAUUAACUCAUUAUUGGCAAAGUGAGAUUAGUCAAGCUUUUAUUUCUUAUAAUUUUGAUGAUCAUGUCUUACAGGUUUUGAAACUUCACAUUUCUGAGAUUUUCAAUUCAAGGUUUUCAUAAACUGUAAGCUAUAAUCAACAAAAUGAUAUCAAAAGAAAGCUUGACAUAUCUCCCUUUGCAUGUAAUGAGUUAAUAUUAGGGAUGUCCAAUAAUGGCUUUUUGCCGAUAUCCGAUAUUCCGAUAUUGUCCAACUCUUUAAUUACCGAUACCGAUAUCAACCGAUACCGAUAUAUACAGUCGUGGAAUUAACACAUUAUUAUGCCUAAUUUGGACAACCAGGUAUGGUGAAGAUAAGGUACUUUUAAAAAAAAUUAACAAAAUAAAAUAAAAUAAAUAAAUUAAAAACAUUUUCUUGAAUGAAAAGGAAAGUAAAACAAUAUAAAAACAGUUACAUAGAAACUAGUAAUUAAUGAAAAUUUGUAAAAUUAACUGUUAAAGGUUAGUACUAUUAGCGGACCAGCAGCACGCACAAUCAUGUGUGCUUACGGACUGUAUCCCUUGCAGACUGUAUUGAUAUAUAUUGAUAUAUAAUGUAGGAACCAGAAUAUUAACAACAGAAAGAAACAAAAAUGGGGGAGUGAGGUGUUUUGGGUUGGUGCACUAAUUGUAAGUGUAUCUUGUGUUUUUUAUGUUGAUUUAAUAAAAAAAACAAAAAAAAAACGAUACCGAUGAUUAAAAAAAACAAACGAUACUGAUAAUUUCCGAUAUUACAUUUUAACGCAUUUAUCGGCCGAUAAUAUCGGCAGGCCGAUAUUAUCGGACAUCUCUAGUUAAUAUCACAUGUUAGUAAAUGCUAUAUUCUUGUAAUUUCCACAUAUGAUUUAUUUAGUAUUUCUAAUAUAUUUAAAAAAACAAAACAAAAACAAAACAACAUUUUAUGUACCUUAAAGGGGAACUGCACUUUUUUGGGGGAAUUUUGCCUAUCAUUCACAAUCAUCCCCAAAUCCAAUAAAAAAGAAAACCACCCAAAAAGCGUCAACAAUACUCCAUUUACUUUUUGUGGCUGAAAUAUUGAACAAGUAUUAGUGAUAUUGUUAUUAUAAGUACUAACGCAGACAAUUUAUAGCGACGCUGUAAUCACAAGAUUGUGUGCCAAUGUUGACGUGAUCGGGUGGUGAGCUGCUUCCUCGUUUCCUUGCGCGUGAAAGUUUAUUCCAGAUCAUAAAUAACGCCUCUCGCUUGGAUACUAGAAAGUUGAGGAUGCAUUCCGACAAGUUGGUACACUUUGACAGCCAAUUUAGAACCGGCAAUGGCAAGCACUUUGACAGACAAUUUAGAACCGGCAAUGGCAAGAACGACACAAAAAGACACUUGGUUCCACCCCCCUUUUGUUCGCAAGGAUUAUGAGUCAUUUUUCAUCUAAACGGGAAUAUAUCAAGAUUCUAUCAGUCGCCAUCCUAAUGACAGCAGACAUUGUACAGCAAGUGAUGUUUUAUUAUGUUGGCUCUCAUGAAGUCUGCAGUGAGUUGUAAUCAAUGAUGUUGUUGAAAAAAGCAUAUGCUUAAAAUGAUGAAAAUACGUAAAUAUUAAAUGUUUUUAUAAAUAUUACUACAUU